AUGGCCUGGGAGGACGCCUUCAGAGGGUUCGCGGAGACCGUUUCUAAGCACACCGCAGAGGCCACGUCCAAUGCUGCAAAGUUUGCCGUGGAAAAUGCUCCAGUCAUUGCAAAGCAUGUCGAGGAUGUGGCCGCCAAUGUUGCAAAACUUACAACAGACACCGCACCAGCCGUCUCGCAAGGUAUCACGACCGCCGCACAACAUACUGCCAAGUUUGUAGCAGCGAAUGCGCCCAUCGCCUCGAAGCACGUUGGUGAGGCUGCCCAGCACGUGGCUAGGUUUGUGGAGCACAACGCGGGGACUGCUACUAGAGUCAUAGGGGAGCAAAACGCGAGGUUUAUCGCAGACCAAACUCUAGUCAUUGCGCGUCAUGCUGGGGACGCUGCUUCGCACAUCGCCAGGAUGACGGAGGAACACGCACCAGCAAUCGCACAGAAUAUCAGCCACACCUCGAGGAGUGUCGCCGACGCCGCGGUGGAGCAUGCACCAAUCAUCGCGAAGAACAUACAAGAAGCGACCUCUUAUGCUGCCAAACGGACAGAGGAAGAAGCACAUGUCGUGGCAAAAAGCGUUGCGGAUGCUGCGUCCAGCGGUGUACAGGUCACUGCGACCCAUGCUGGUCUUGUUGCACGACGGGUCCAUCGUGCCACCUUGGACGUUUCGGACUUCACAAGGGAGAAAGCACCAGUCGUAGCUGCGGCCGUCCAAGGAGGAGCAUUCGCUGCUGCAAACUUCACUGCCGAGAAGGUGCCGGCUGUCGUGGACACUGUCGGAACAACUAUCAGGGAGAAGCCAGAGGUGGUCGCUGCUGUGAGUGGUGGUCUUGCAAUCACCCUGCUAGCACCCACUGUGUUUGGAGCAUUGCUGAAUGUGGCGGGAUUUACGGCGGCUGGGGUCGCAGAAGCGUCGAUAGCGGCUGGAAUCCAGUCUGCAGUCUAUGGAGCUUCGACAGGAGGUGUAUUCAGCAUUCUUCAGUCCAUGGGCGCCACAAUGGUGGCACCUGCUGUUCCCCAGAUUGUUUUUGGGAGUGUUGCUGCCGCGACGAGCUUGGGAUUUGGGGCUUACUCGUUCAAGGUGAAGCGCAGAUAA